AUGGAAUCCAGCAAAGAGACUCGAUACUGUGCCGUGUGUAGUGACUAUGCAUCUGGGUAUCAUUAUGGAGUCUGGUCAUGUGAGGGCUGUAAGGCUUUCUUCAAACGAAGUAUACAAGGCCAUAAUGACUACAUGUGCCCCGCAACCAAUCAGUGUACCAUCGACAAAAACAGGAGAAAGAGCUGUCAAGCCUGCCGACUCCGAAAAUGCUAUGAAGUGGGGAUGAUGAAAGGGGGUAUGUACUGGGUGCAUUCAAUGAAACAGCCUCCAAAUGUGAAAAAUAUCCCACUUUGUUGUAAUCAAAGAAACCUAGGCUUUAGAGCAGUUAGUUAA